AUGAGUGAACUACAAAGUAUCGGAUUAGAUCCGAUGACCGAAGAGUUCAAGGUGGAUCUCAAAACAUUGGGUGAGUUAGUCGAUGUCCCAAAGAAUCCAGAACUUUUAAAGGAAUUGGGUGGACCAACUGGGCUUGCCGAAGCCUUGAAAACCUCAAUUAAAAAUGGUUUACCAAACGAACAAAAUUCCACUGAAACACACAGAAUUGAAAAAUAUGGAAAGAAUGUAUUACCACCACCACCACAUCAACCUUUAUACAGUAUUAUUUUAGAUGCACUUUCAGAUCAUAUUUUGAUUUUGUUGAUUGUUGCAGCGGUUGUUUCGAUUGUGUUAGGUGCCAUUCCAUAUACUUCCGACGAUCCCAAGACAGGAUGGAUUGACGGUGUCGCCAUUUUGGUAGCCGUCAUCAUUGUCGUUGCAGUGACAUCGACCAACGACUACAAGAAUCAAGCUCGUUUCCGUGAUCUCAACGAGAAGACUUCCGAUAAGCAGAUCAAGGCAAUUCGUUCUGGCGAGCAGUGUCAGAUCUCCAUUUUCGAUGUGCGUGUCGGUGACAUCAUCCAGUUGGAUACUGGUGACAUUGUAUGUGCCGAUGGUGUCUUUGUUGAGGGACAUUCAAUCAAUUGCGAUGAAUCAUCGAUCACCGGUGAGUCCAAUCCAAUCAAGAAGGGUUUCACAGAGGAUGGUUUGGAUCCAUUCUUCAUCUCUGGUAGUUUGGUACUCGAGGGUUUCGGUAAGAUGUUGGUCACUGCCGUCGGUGUAAACUCAUUCAACGGAAAGACAAUGAUGUCGCUUCGUGUCGAAUCAGAGGAUACUCCACUCCAAGAGAAACUCGGAGUUCUCGCCGGAAACAUUGGUAAAUUCGGUCUGUCAGCAGCGGUUCUCUUGUUGCUCAUCGUCAUUCCAAAGUAUUUCAUCGAGAGAAAGGUUAAUCAUGAAGAUAUUCCAAGUUCAGCUGCUUCCGAUAUCACCAGAAUGGUUAUUGGUGCCAUUACAAUCAUUGUCGUAGCCGUGCCAGAGGGUCUUCCACUCGCUGUAACCAUGGCUCUUGCCUACGGUAUGUUGAAGAUGUACAAAGAGAAUAAUUUGGUGCGUCAUUUGGCCUCGUGUGAGACUAUGGGUAGCGCUACCAACAUCUGUUCCGACAAGACUGGAACUUUGACACAAAACGUUAUGACUGUUGUAACUGGAUACGUUGGUUCACUCUUUGAGGAUUGCGCCGCUUUCGCCUCCGCUGCACCAAAGGAUCUCGCCUCAGUUCUCACCGACGGUAUUGCCAUCAAUUCCAACGCCUACGAAGGUGUUUCCACCAAAGGAAAGGUAGAGUUCAUCGGUUCCAAGACUGAAUGUGCACUUUUGAACUUUGGAAAACUAUUUGGCUCCGACUACCAGGAGGUUCGUCGUCGUUUGGAGAUUCGUGAGCUCUAUCCAUUCUCAUCGGCUCGUAAGCGUAUGGGUGUUUUGGUUCAGAAUGACGCCAAAACUCUUCGUUUCUACCAAAAGGGUGCAUCUGAAAUUGUUUUAGCUCAAUGCGAUAGAUAUAUUGAUCAAGACGGACAGGUUCAGCCAAUCAGCAAUGCCGUCCGUCAAAUGUUCGAAGAGACUAUCAAUAACUUUGCAACCGAUGCACUCAGAACUAUUGGACUUGCUUAUCGCGACUUCCCAGCUGACUCAUCGAUCGACUUUAAGAAAGAAGCACCAGAGACUAACCUUAUCUACAUUGGUAUCGUUGGUAUCAAGGAUCCACUUCGUCCUGAAGUUCCAGACGCCGUCCGUACCUGCCAACGUGCUGGUAUCACCGUGCGUAUGGUCACUGGUGACAAUAUUGUAACUGCCCGUAACAUUGCCAAAAACUGUGGUAUCUUGACUGACGACGGUAUCUGUAUGGAAGGUCCAAAGUUCCGUAAUUUGUCUCGUGACGAAAUGGAUGCUAUUCUUCCACGUCUCCAGGUUCUCGCUCGUUCUUCGCCAACUGACAAACAGCUGUUGGUCGGUCGUCUUAAGGAUUUGGGUGAGGUUGUUGCUGUCACUGGUGACGGAACUAACGACGGUCCAGCUUUGAAGUUGGCCAACGUCGGUUUCUCUAUGGGUAUCGCCGGUACUGAGGUCGCCAUUGCCGCUUCCGAUGUCGUGUUGCUCGAUGACAAUUUCGCUUCGAUUGUUCGUGCUGUAUUGUGGGGUCGUAACAUCUACGAUGCCAUCUGUAAAUUCUUGCAAUUCCAGUUGACUGUCAACGUUGUCGCUGUCACCAUUGCUUUUGUCGGUACCAUCUCUGGUGGUGGACACUCGCCACUCACUGCCGUCCAACUGCUCUGGGUCAAUUUGAUUAUGGACACAUUGGCUGCACUUGCUCUCGCUACCGAACCACCUACUCCCGAUCUUUUGGAUCGUCCACCCAACGGAAAGAACGCUCCACUCAUCACCCGUUACAUGUGGAAGAACAUCAUUGGUCAAUCCGUUCUACAAUUGGUUAUUUUGUUUGUUUUGCUAUACAAGGGACACGACAUCUACUCGAAUUUCGUCGACUACAACAUCACCAAAAACUCUGUACAUCACUACACCAUUCUUUUCAAUACUUUUGUAUUUUUACAGCUUUUCAAUGAGAUCAACAGUCGUCUCCUCUCGGCCAAAGUCAAUCCAUUCAAGGGAAUCUUGAAUAACCCAAUUUUCGUUGUUGUAUUGGCAGCCACUGUUGUCAUUCAAGUGUUGUUUGUCACUUUUGGUAGCACCGCCACCUCAACCGAUCAACUCAAGAUCCAAGAGUGGGCAGCCUGUAUUAUCACAGGUGCCGUCGCUCUUCCAUGGGGUUUGAUGCUCCGUUUGAUCCCAAUCAAAGAAGCACCAGUUUCCAAGGCACUUCCAGAGACCUCUGAAACUAUCUACACUCCACCAGUCGACACCUCAUUGCCAAGCACCAACAACGCCUCCAACGAGACUGCUGCUACCAUCGCUAAAUCACCGGAAACCACCACCAUCUCAUCGAGUGUCGACAACUCCUCGGAAACCACUCAACUGGUCGAGCUCCAAAGCAAACCAGAGGACAACCAAUCAUCGAGCGGUGGUGACCUUCCACUUUCCGUUCCACACCAAGUACCAUCGAACGAUAAUGAACGUCGUAACUCUGUUACCGAACCACCUGUCGAUGUCGGUCGUGGUUGGCAAUUGGUCAGACAAACUCAUCAAAAGAUUCGUGUUGUCAACGCAUUCAAGAACUAUCAGAAAACAAACGAGAACUCUUCAAUUGUAGAUGUUGUACGUCGUCCAACAAGAUCAUCUAUUUAUUUACCAUCAAACCCAUCAUCUCAAUAA